CAUGGCGGCCACCACGAUGUCCCUGCUGCGGGCCCUGCGCUCCUGUCCGAUCGCACGGCCGGGGAGCUGCCGGACAGGGUCCCCCCUAUUGCACUGGCCCCCGCCAUGGAAAAAAGCGUUCCACGCCGCCCCCGCGCUGUCCACCGCCGCCCCCAGCAAGGAGCAGCUCCAGACCCUGCGCCGGAGAACGGGCUACUCGUUUGUCAACUGCAAGAAAGCCCUGGAAGCGUGCGGCGGGGACCUCCAGCAGGCAGAGAGUUGGCUCCACAAGCAGGCCCAGAAGGAGGGCUGGAGCAAAGCUGCGAAACUCAGUGGGAGGAAAACAAAGGAAGGUCUGAUCGGGCUACUGCAGGAAGGAAACACAGCCGUGUUAGUAGAGGUAAAUUGUGAGACCGAUUUUGUUUCCAGAAAUUUAAAAUUUCAAGAGUUGGUCCAGCAGGUCGCCCUUGGAACCAUGUUGUAUUGUAGGAGCCUAAAGGAUCAACUCUCCACAUACAAGAAAGGCUUCUUAAAUUCCUCUGAGCUCUCUGAACUUCCAGCUGGGUCUGAGAGAGAAGGGUCACUCAAGGAUCAGCUGACUUUAGCCAUUGGGAAAUUGGGAGAAAACAUGACUCUGAAGCGAGCGGCCUGGGUGAGCGUGCCAGCUGGGUUCUACAUCGGUUCCUAUGUCCAUGGAGCGGAGCAGAGCCCCUCACUCUGCAAUCUGGUGCUGGGGAAAUACGGGGCACUGGUGGUCUGUGAGGCAGCCGAGCAGAAAGCCAACCUGGAAGAUGUUGGCCGACGUCUAGGCCAGCAUGUGGUGGGCAUGGCCCCUCUCUCGGUUGGCUCCCUGGACGACGUGCCUGGGGACGAGUCUGAAACCAAAAUGCUGUCCCAGCCGUAUUUGCUGGACCCUUCCAUCACGCUCGGGCAAUAUGUGCAACCCCAAGGGGUGUCUGUAGUGGACUUUGUGCGAUUUGAGUGUGGAGAAGGUGAAGAGACAGCAGAGGCUGAAUAGAGACUCGGGCCCACGAGAAAGUGCUUGAACUAAGCUCUGGACAUCAUUACAUUUCGAAAAGAGUUAGGUCCUAAACCUCUUCAAACCCAAAAUGGUGUUUCUCAUUUUUGAGUUUAUAAUAAAAUUAAAAGCAUCAUAAAUAAAAAUAUUAAAUAAAAUAGUAUAAUAAAGUGA